UAUACGGAACCUCCGGAGAUAGACCAUAGUCCAGUAGUAAUUAAUUAUGUCUAUAAUGAGGAAGAGAUAUAUGUUAGAUAUGAUGUUAUCAACAAGUCAGCCUCCUUUAGGGUGGUGUUACCAACAGAUGGAUUUCUAAAAGCUGAUUAUUGGAUUUAUGAAGAAAAUGGUUGGAAAGAGUUUUCGAGAACUGCUUUGGAUGACUGUGAUUACUAUAAAAAAUGUGGAGCAUAUGCUAGCUGUAAUAUAAAAAAUCACCCUCCAUGUAAUUGUUUGGAUGGAUUUGUGCGCAAAAUUGCAGAUAUACAUAGUGCUUGUGUGAGGAGGACAUCGCUGAGUUGUCAAGGAGAUGGAUUUUUGAAGUUUUCUGGGUUAACAUUACCAGACACAGAAAGAUCCUGGUUUCAUAGAAAUAUUAGCCUUGAGGGUUGUAGGAUAAAGUGCAUGAAGAAUUGCUCCUGUACAGCUUAUGCAGGCUUGGAUGUCAAUAAAAGUCCAAUUGGGUGUUUACUCUGGUUUAAUGAUCUGAUUGACAUAAAAGAAUCCACUGAAUUCAAUCAAAAUAUAUACAUAAGGAUGGCUGGGACAAAAGUAGCUUUUGAAAGAAAGCAAUCACAUAAAUCAAACAAACGGAAGCAAGAGACUGUUAUCAUAAGCUGUGUGUUGUCUAUUGGAUUUACAAUCCUAUGCCUAACCUUCAUCAUUUGUAAACGGUGGAAGACAAGGCAGAAAGGCAGGCACCCUGAACGAUGGAAGAGAAAUAGCUGUCAAGAGGCUCUCAAAGAAUUCUAAACAAGGACUUCAGGAGUUC